UUGGAUAAUUUUAAUCAUCGUGACAAACCGUAUGGUGACAUCUCGAUGUAAUAACAAUGGCAACGUCACCACGGAUCGUCGUCUCGACGAUCACGCAGCGUGUUUUAUCGCCAAAACCUUCGAAGAAUUUUCUCAGUGUCAGACGAGCUUUGAGCCCGAAAACUCCGCCGAAGAGUGGGAGCAGAUGUUUUUUGAGCAUUGACACUCCUAAUCGUGUGAAAAUCGUUGAGGAUGGACCUCCAAAGGUUGUGGAGGACAGCAUUAUUGGGUGCGGAAGUUUUGGAAUGGUUUAUAGGGCUUCCUACAAAGGUAGUGAAGUAGCUGCUAAAAUCGUUAAACGUCGUGGAAACUCAGAUGAAAUGAUCAGGGCAGAGCGAAACGCAGCCUCUCUAGCUCACUCCAACAUAAUUCGCAUCUUUGGCGUGGAGGAGGGACAGAUCUGCUCUCUGGUGACCAUGGAAUUGUGUGGCACUUCACUGCAGGACAAGUUGGAUGAGAUGGAACUCGACAGAAUCGAGAGAAUCAAUACUUGGCUGGCUAUAUCAUGUGCACUUGACUUUUGUCAUAGUUCGGGUAUUGUUCAUGCAGAUGUCAAGCCCAAAAACGUGUUAAUUGCGGCCGAUGGCCAGCUGAAACUCGCUGAUUUUGGAAACUCCGUUCUCAUUGAGGAGAAAUGUUCGAGGGAGAAAUUACGGGGAACUCCAGGCUACGUAGCUCCCGAAGUAAUUAAAGGAAGCUCCCCCAGCCCCACUUCAGACAUUUACUCCCUCGGAAUUCUGGCCUGGCAGUUAUUAUCCCGAGAAUUUCCAUUCUCUAAUUAUCACCCCCACACAAUUCUCUACCUCACAGGAAAAGGCGUUCGCCCUACUGAUGAGGGCCUCGUCGACGAGUGCAGGGGAAGCUACAAGAGCCUGUACCGCGAGUCAUGGUCACAAUCUCCUGAAUAUCGUCCCGCAUUAGGAGCAACAAUUGAUCGUCUGAACGGCAUUUUAAAUACUUCAAAAAUAAUGUAAUUUUAAAAGACAAUGUUCUUGAUUUUGUUACAAUAAUAAUGAAAUUAUUAUCACUUCA